GUUAAGCUCGAAUCACUUGUUAUGCAUGGUAUGUAUAUAUACGUUUAGGAAUACCCGAUUUACUAUACCUAGUAUAUCAUUAUCAAUCUCCAUAACACAAGCACAGGCAGUCGUUUGCACUUGUCGAUUAAGGAUCACGCCACCGUUAUUUGUAGCUACGCGUUCAAUGUUAGAGGCAUCUGAUAAUGCAUCGGCACCGCUUCAAAACCAUAGGUCUAACGGUUUGCUCAGAUCGACAACGCGUGGAUGCAACAGCACAAGCACUGAGCUUGAGCGAUUGGAAACGUAUCGAUCAUGGAGGCGUGGAAACGACCCUGCUCCCUUGACGCUGGCACGGUGUGGAUUUUACUCUACUUCUAGAGAUGACGAGGUUCGAUGCUGUGAUUGUCUGAUGACUGUGAAGAAUUGGGCAGAAAGGGAUCAUCCUUACAUUGAACAUUACAAAUUAAACAAGCGUUGUAUAUUUGUUCAAAAGUUUCAGGAUAGAGUGUCACGCUUUCAACUUACUGGUUAUCCUAGUACUGGUGUAUCAAAAUUGGCCGAUUAUUCUGUUCGGAUUUCUUCAUUUGCUACCAAGGAGCACCUCUUCAUCAACCAAAAUAAAGUGGUUUUAUCAAAUGCUGGAUUCUAUUAUAAAGGACCAGGGGAUAAAGUGAUAUGUUUUGAGUGUGAACUUGUACUGAAGCAAUGGGUAUCUUGUGACAUACCAAUUUGUGAGCAUAUUACAUUUUCUCCUUAUUGUCCAUAUGUUAAAGCCUUUCUGGCAAACCUUGAUUCAAUCCUUGGACUGGAUACAAAAAGCCUAUUAAGAAAAAUGGAACCACACCAUUCGCCAAACGGGGGACUUGGAUAUCUGCAACAGACUACAAGAAAUUAUUUUGACUCUCCUCAUCAUCAACACAGACUCAGUACGCCGACUUCAUCUCAAAUUCAAGACAUCAAAAGCCAUCCAUCUAUUUUUGAUUACACGCAACCUACUGAUCGAUCAUCAGCAACUCAAUCUGGUACGCUUGACGGAGAAAUAAAGGGACUACAGGCUACAAGAAAUCAUUUUGACUCUCCUUAUCAUCAACACAGACUCCAUACGCCGACUUCAUCUCAAAUUAAAGACAUCAAAAGAGAUCAAUAUAUUAUUGGUCAUACCCAACCUACUGAUCGAUCAUCAAAAAUUGAAUCUGGUACGCUUGACGAAGAAAUAAAGGGACUAUCAGUCAGUGACCAAAUAGAAGUUGUUGUAUCUAUGGACUUCGAUAGAAAACUCGUAGAAAGGGUUGCCCGGGAACAUCUUGAUAAAUCUGGAAAAGGCUUUGCACAUGCUGAGGAAUUAUGUGCAGCUGUUUUGGAUGCCCAGGAAGAUACAUCGUACAACUUAAAACAAUCUAUCGAACGGAAUACUGAGAGAAACAGAGAGAACCGUCAGGAGAAGGUUGACGAAUCAGGCGACCCAGUUGUUGAUGAAGGUCUCGGUAAUUCUAUAGGUUAUUUCGAUAAUAAAAAUCCUGCAUCUAAUAAUGAUUAUAACUCACCAGUAAUUACACCGUCCAACACUCAUACCUAUGUGGAUGAAGGAAUCGGCAAUUCUUUAAGCUAUCAAAGCCAGCAAACCCACGAAAGAGGUGUCAUUUUGUGUAAAAUUUGUUUAGACAAUCCUGUUGAAGUGACUUUUCAGCCAUGUGGACAUCUUUUAACUUGUAAUUUAUGUUCUGGACGUGUAGAUAAUUGCCCUAUCUGUAGAUGUAUUAUUCGCGGCCGUGUUAAAACUUAUCUACCUUAACGUAAAGCUGACUCAUUUGCAUAUUUCGUUAAAAUACCUAAUAUCGCAUGGGUUAAUCCACGUACUCAGAAGGAUUAUUUAACAUUUAAUUUAAAAAAUCACGAACCGUUACUUUAAUUAUUUUCAAAUAUUUAUUUAUUUCUAGAUAUUUGACUCAGUGUAUCUUGAAUGUAUAUUAAAACUGUUAGAUACAAUUUUGUUACCUCUUUAAAUAGUGGAAAAGUUGCUCAUUAUAAACAUACCAAUAAAGUUAUUAAUUAGAGCGCGAACGUUAUCAAUACUAUUACUUUCACUUUCGAUAUGAAUAUACUUUUUCAUAGAAAAUUAUACAACGCAUGUAUUUGUUAUUAAGAAAUUAAGCGAUCGAUAUUACCAUAUGUGGUCACGUUAUAUCAGGUUAUCAAUACUAUUACUUUCCCUUUCGAUAUGAAUAUACUUUUUCAUAGAAAAUUAUAUGACGCAUGUAUUUGUUAUGAAAAAAUUUAGCGUUUGAUAUUACCAUAUGUGGUCACGUUAUAUCAGGUUAUAGUAUAGCUGACAUAACAUAUUAAUUAGAUAUUGUAUACCAUAAUUGGCGUACCAUGAUUUGGGCAACGUGCCAAGCGUACAGUAAUUUAAUUAAUUCAAAUAUUGGACCCGCGUGACGUAUUUCAUUGAAAUGCACAUGCUCGAUAGUGCCUGUAUUUUAAGUUGUUUUAUGAUCACCGGCAAGACAUUAUGUAAUAUAUACAUAUAACCCUUGGGGCUAACGCCUCCGUGCAAUAUAAAUAUAAUACUUAAUGUUUCGCCCUCGACCAAUUAACUACACAUAAAGCAGGAUAUCAUCUGCAUAGCUGACAUCUCACAAUGAUAAUAUUUCCUGGAGGAUUUUAUAUUUGUGAAUUUGUAAACAGAAAUUACCCGUUGGGAAGUACACGAGGGUAAAUUUAUAGAUUGUUUUAGAUUGUUUCGUAGGAGAUUGUAUAUAUGUGAUCAUUCCCGUUUUUUUCUGUGGCUUAAUUAAUAUAUUGAUAUUGCACGAGUGCCUUAGCACGGGGUCUUUAUCUAUAUAUUACGUAAUGUCUUACACGAGACCUUUAAACAUCUUAAAAUACAGACAUUAUAUUUUAUCCAUAUCCAAUAUCCCAAAAUGAAACUUUUAGCUGUUGUCUCCCUGUAUAUGGCACUGGCCAUGGUUUCUGUUAAUGGCUACUACUGGCCAGGAGUCGGGAUGAUGGGUGUAAGCCCUUAUAUGGGCGGUAUGGGCAUGUAUGGUAUGGGCAUGGGCAUGAUGGGAAUGGGAAUGGGAUACAACCCAUAUAUGAUGGGUGGAAUGGGACUCGGUGGAAUGGGGCUCGGAGGUUUUGGUCUCGGCGGUUUUGGUGGAAUGGGUAUGAUGAACCGUUAUAUGAUGAACCCCUACAUGAUGAACCCAUACAUGAACCCAAUGCUUGGAUCUGGUGGAGACAUGAUUCCUGACAACAAUUUUGCCAACGACCUUAUCUAAAAUUUUAAAAUAAAUAGAUUUUCCUUAUUUUAUGAAUAUAUUUUCAAUCCUAGUCUAUGAACAUGUUAAUAUAUAAUAAUU